AUGGAGCGCAGGCCCGCAGCCGAGCGUCCGGGGCCACUGGCCACACAGGGCCCCGGCGGGCGCCCCGCGGCCCGCGAGCUCCGCAGGCCCGAGACUCCCGUGGGGGCGGGGAAGGCGGGCGCGGGCCGCCCGACGUCUAGACAGCCUCCUCCCGCCGCGCCGGCCGGGGUGGCGCCCCGGCGCCGCGAUCCCGUCUGCGGGCCGGCGCCGCGUCCCGGCUGCCCGCCGGGCCCCGAGAAUUCGGCGGCCGACCCGGCCGGCGGUCCCCGGGGAGGGGGCGGCGAGCGCCGGCCGCAGCCGUUGCUGUCAGGCUGCCCGUCCCCUCCCUCCCUCCCGCGGCUCCGGCCGCCGGCCCCGCCCCCGGCUCCCCCCCUGCCCCCCGCUGCCCGGAGGCCCCGGCCCGCCGCCCGCACCAACGGCCAAGCCCACCUUCCGCCUUCCCAGCUCUUCGGGACCGUAGGAGCGGGCCGCCGUCAGGGGAAGUGCGCCGGCCCUCGCCGGGAACCGAGAGAGGAGCGGGGAGAGGCAGAGCAACGGGAUGAAGGAGGUCCCGCCGCGGCCGCUGCUGCUCCCGCCGCCGCCGCUGCCGCCGCCGCCGUCGCCGCCGCCGUCGUCGCCGCCGUCGCCGUCGCCGCCGCCGCCCGAGCGAAACCCGCCGCGGCCGCCGUGUCCCCCGCCGCGCCCCGUCCUCCGGCGCGCCCUAUGGCAGAGCUCGUAGGCGGACCUCAGCAACCGCCGAGCCGCGCCGACCAACAGACGGCAGGACUGUCAAACAGACGGCCAUCCUAG